AUGCCAAGUUCCAACAACCUCCCGCCUGCGCGUAGCCUACUCGAGAAAGCCGGCCCGUGCACCGGACUGCCAGUGCUCCUCCUGCGCGGCUGGCCCUCCGACAUCCUCAGCUACGCCCACAUCGCGCCAGCGCUGGCCUCGGCGGGCUACCGCGUCGUCGUGCCGUACCUGCGCGGCAACGGGCCGACGAACUUUCAGGCGGCGCUCGGGGCCGACGUGGUCGAGCUGCUCGACGCGCAGCGCAUCCCGCGCGUCAUCUUGGCCAGCUUCGACUGGGGUUGGGGUAGGGGGGGUUGGGGUUGGGGGCCAACUUCGCGCGCGCGCCGCCCGGGCGGCGCUGCGCCGGCCUCGUUCUCGGUCAACGGCUACCUGGUCCAGGGCCUCGACCACGCGUCGCAGCCGCUGGACGUGCCGGUCGAGGCCGGCUUCUGUCCUUCACGGGGCCGAGGGUCCAUCACCAACCAGGUCGCGGGGGCCGGACGCAACCCGCCGCAGGAGAAGCCGCAGGCGUUCGUGGACGCUGCUCUGUAGCACAGUAGGUGGCAAAACUGGCCAGAGUCUCGCACUAAAUACUUUAGUGGCUCGGCUGGGUGAGAAAGAGGGGAGGGUUGGGGCGGACGAGUGGAGAUCCGCGCCCUGGAUGAAGCACUGGCCGUGUUUCACUUUCAUUAAAGAACAGUUACUUCGCAAUUCAGCGUCCAUAUCAGUGCUACCGCCACCACGGAACAAGUAAGAUCGGCUGAGGGCGAGUGUGGAACCAGGUGUCGGACUACUACCCCAAGUACAUUACUUUGUAGUAAC